AUGUGGUUCUUUAUUUUUCCCCUGUCGUCACAGGACAUGAGAAAACAUGUGAUGAUGACCCUACUGGACACCGAGCAGUCGUACGUGGAGUCUCUACGAACUCUCAUUCAGGGAUACAUGCGUCCUCUCAAACAGCCCGACGGCGGCUCCAUUGUGGAUCCUCUGCUGGUGGAUGAGAUGUUCUACCAGAUCCCAGAGAUCCUUGAGCACCACGAGCACUUCCUGGACCAGGUUUCCGGCUGUGUCGGACAGUGGCACGACAGGCAGACUAUUGGCGACAUCCUCAUUCAGUCGUUUUCCAAAGAGGCCCUCGCUGAUAUGUACUCGGCGUACAUCGACAACUUUCUCAACGCCAAGGAUGCAGUGAGGAUCGCUAAGGAGGCCAAGCCAGCGUUUCACAAGUUUCUGGAGCAAAACAUGCGAGAGAACAAGGAGAAGCAAGCUUUGGGGGAUCUGAUGAUUAAGCCGGUGCAGAGAAUUCCUCGAUAUGAGCUGCUGGUUAAGGACUUGCUGAAACAUACAGCAGAGGACCACCCGGACCAUCCCCUCUUACUGGACGCUCAGAGGGACAUCAAGCGACUGGCAGAGAAAAUCAAUAAAGGACGCCGCUCCGCUGAGGAGGCGGAGAGGGAGGCCAGAGUUAUCCAGGAGAUUGAGGCACACAUAGAGGGAGUUGAACAUAUUCUGAAUCCCCAGAGGAAGUUCUUGAGACAGGAAAUUGUCAUGGAAGCGAAGACAGUGGGUGGGAAAAAGGACCGUUCCCUCUUCCUCUUCAGUGAUCUGAUCAUCUGCACCACUCUAAAGAGGAAGUCUGGCUCACUGAGACGCAGCUCCAUGAGUCUAUACUCUGCUGCAAGUGUGAUUGAUACAUCCAGCAAAUACAAGUUCUUGUGGAAGCUUCCACUGGAGGAUGUGGAUGUGGUGAAAAGCCCCACUUUGGCCACAAACAAAGAAAGCAUCCAGAAAAUGAUCAGCCGAUUGGACGAGGAUCUCAGCACACUGGGUCAGAUCAGCAAACUCUCAGAGACCCUCAGUUUUCCACACCAGUCUCUGGAUGAAGUCAUAAAGGAUCUGAUGUCAUCAGUGCACAAGGAGCUAUCAGAGAAGCAGUCUUUGGCUUUCAGCAUGACUUUUCUUCCCACAAAGCUGGAACUGAUCACAGCCUCCGCCGAAAACAGCUUUGUCUUCGAGUUUAGCUCGCCCGAUGCCCGCUCCAGCUUUGAGCAGGUCUUCGAGGAAGCCAAGAAGAAGCUAGCUAUGAAUAAGGACCAGUGGGACCCAGAGUUUCUAAAGGCCAUCCCCAUCAUGAAGACCCGCAGUGGAAUGCAGUUUUCCUGCGCGUCUCCCAGCCACAGCUGUCCCGACAGUGGCUGUGAGGUCUGGGUGUGCAACAGUGACGGAUACGUUGGACAGGUUUGCUUGUUGAACAUCAAGGAUGAGCCCACGGUGGAGGCGUGCAUCGCUGUCUGCUCAGCUAGGAUCAUUUGUAUCGCUGCAGUACCAGGACUCAAGGGAAGGUCAGUUUCUGCUCGCACUAUUUAUUCAUUCACACUUUAUCUUUCAUUAAUAAAUCGUCGUGGCACUUGCUUCAGAUCCGAGUUAAUGUGUCUGUUUUACUGUAAUGAAGACAUGUUUAGAGCUAACCCUUGCUCUAUCCACAUGAUGACGACGUUAAACGUCUUUAUUAUCCAAAAACUUUCAGUUUGCCACAGGAGUAUUGCAAUUGCCGUCUGCUUGUCAGCUAGACCACAAAAACAUCACAAAGCUGAAUUUUAUGUCAUUUGGAGAGUUGGAGCACUGCUACUGCUAACCAACCGCUCACCACUCCUCAGGGAUCGCGGAUCAGAACCUGCCCCUAACUCUGCGGGGACCGCUCACGGCCAGCAGCAGCUUCACAUAUCCAUCUCUCACUCGACGCUGGAGCUCACAGAGCAGCCCACAGGCCCGGGAGCUGAGCUUGUUCCGUUCGACAGCGAUGACACAGACGAUGAAGAUUCGCCCAGUCCCUCCUCCACUCUGCAGAGUCAGGCCAGUCACUCCACCAUAUCAUCCAGCUAUGGAAACGACGAAGGUCCGGGCUCCAAAGACAUGGCCACAGAGACCACCAGCAGCGAGGAGGAGCAGGAGUUCUCGGGGACCAGCUCUUACGGAGCCUCUGGGAUGUUGGGGGUCGGCGGGGGGAGCCGUGCCCACACGGAAAGCCCCAUGGACGGCCGCGCCAUGCGGCGGUCCUCUCGGGGAUCCUUCACCCGGGCCAGUCUGGAGGACCUGCUCAGUAUCGACCCAGAGGCCUAUCAGAGCUCUGUGUGGCUGGGCACAGAGGACGGAUGCAUCCACGUGUACCAGUCCUCGGACAACAUCCGGAACCGAAAGAACAGCAUGAAGAUGCAGCACUCUGCCUCCAUCCUGUGUAUUCUAUAUUUGGACAACAAAGUCUUUGUGUCGCUAGCAAAUGGAGAGGUGAUCGUGUAUCAGAGAGAAGCAGGUAGUUUCUGGGACCCUCAGUCCUCUCAGACGUUAGUUCUGGGCACACCCAGUAGUCCGGUCACCAAAAUGGUGCCCGUCGGAGGAAAGCUAUGGUGCGGCUCACAGAACAGAGUGCUCAUCAUCAAUACCGCUACGCUGGCACAAGAGCACUGGUUCCAGGUGGGCACGGACAGCAGCCGCUGCGUGACUUGCAUGGUGGCGUACGGUCUGGGGGUGUGGCUGGCGUUGCAGGGCAGCGCUCAGGUCAGACUGUACCACGCUCAGACCUGGGAGAGCCUGACGGAGGUGGACGUGGCGCCCGCUGUGCACAAAAUGCUGGCAGGUGCAGACGCAAUCAUCAGACAGCACAAAGCCGCGUGUCUCAGAAUCACAGCUUUGCUGGCCUGCAAGGACCUGCUGUGGAUCGGCACCAGUGCGGGGGUGGUCCUUACGCUGGUCAUCCCUUCGGUGAGCUCAGGAACUGGAGCUGGGACAAUCAAGGCUCCUCUGGCGCCAAUGGGUUCGGCUCACGGGCACACGGGCCACGUCCGGUUCCUGACCUCCAUCGAACUACCCGAAGGAUUUGACAUGAAAAUCCCUCCGGCCACGACCGACUCCUCAGGCAAUCAGCCGCAGAGCAGCAGCACAUUUGAGGGCGGCCUUCAGAGGCGUGACUCCACGCAUCGCAGAGCCUCUUCCCAUAUCCCGCCCAAAAAAACCAACCACCUCGUUAUUUCCGGCGGCGAUGGCUACGAGGACUUCAGACUGACGAACAGCAGCGAAACUAUUGGACGAGACGACAGCACAAACCACCUUUUGCUUUGGAGGGUUUGA